UCUCUCGUCUUUGAAAAGAUGGAUUCCCAUGGAGCACUAGAACUUGUGUUAUUCCCCGAUGUUUAUCUAAACUUAUCUCAUUUUAUCUUAUUUGCUUAGUGGCUUAUUGUAAAUAAUUGUACUCUGCCUCCGGACGUGACUAUAUUAUUUGAAGUUAGGUUAAUUUAGGUAAAUUUUUUUAUUAUUUCAGUCGAAAAAAGUGAAUGCAGAAAUGUUCAGGAUGAACCUAUGUUUGGUGUUUUUCCCUCUGAUCUGGGUGACAGUAAGUGCAACUCAUGCAGAUGAUUGUGGUUCAAAAAUUGGGAGCUUCUCCGUAGUAGAAGUGUCUGGCUGCAGUGACAACAACCACGAAUGUGUCUUGAGGAAGCGCACAAAUGUCACCCUCCACAUUACAUUUACAACAAACGAGGCGGUGCAGUCCGUGAAGGCGGUAGUGCACGGCAUAGUGCAGGGCAUCCCCGUGCCCUUCUCCCUGCCGGACGGAGACGCCUGCAAGACUUCUCUCCAGUGCCCUCUCAGCGCCGGCACCACGUACAACUACACUGCACAACUGCCCGUCAAGAAGUACUAUCCGUCGGUACAGGUUAAAGUAAAGUGGGAACUACAAAAUGAGAAAGAAGAGGAUAUUGUUUGCUGCAUCAUACCAGCGAGAAUCAGAUGAGUGCGGUCUCUUCUAAAAUUACCUUCGUGGAUUCCAUUACUUGUUAGGAUGUGAACACUGUACUUAACACCACAUAUCAUUGUGUUCGUUACUACUGUACAUUAAUUGACUACUGUCUUUCUAAGUCAUAGUGUGUACCAGCUAACUCAUAUCUCGAUCAAAAACUAUUUCAGCUGAAAACAUUACAAUAGGGAUAUCCAUUUGAUUAACGUCUUUUCACUGAAAGAAAACAUGUAGACAGGACUUCGAAGCAUUCCAUAUCAGCUGGUGGACUAAAGCAUCAAAAUAUCCUAGCAUUAUAAUUUAACUACCAACAAGUAUGUAUGUGUUCCUGGUUUGUGUUUGAUUGUUAUUAGUGUAGUUUAACGUUAAACAUAUUUUUUCUCCCUACAUUCAAGUUUUUCUGAUUUGAUAGUGCCUAGUUUUGAAGAUUAAGAUUAAAGAAUUAGAAACAUUAGUUAAAUCAUUAAAAUUUAAUUGUAAUCAUAAAAUAGUACAGUUUAAACUGCCUUUCCCCCCUUUCUCUAUUUAAAUGUUUCGCAGUACCAAAUAAAGUACAUAUAAAAGACAAUGUUAUAAGUGCAGCAUUCUGUAUCCAAACUAGACAAGGUAUAGACAUACACACUAUUUAAAGAUACAAAAGAAAUUUAAUACAAAAUAAUUAUUAUCUGGAUUAGUAGUUUCUGAAAAUCUAUUGUGCUGGUGUCUAAAAUAGUGACACUCAUUUUGUAGGCAUAGAGACUUAAGUUUACUGAAGUUUCUGCAUAGGCCCUUUUACUGUGUGUGAGGUUGCCAGACAGCCUACAUUACUGGAAAUUUGCGGGGUGGUGCUUUGCUUGCGCUCAUGCUGGCGUACAUUUGUUUUUGCAUGCAAUUUCCCGUGCUUUCAACUGAACAUUCCUUGACAAAACUGCAGCCAUCGUUGGUGUGUAUAUGUUUUAUAUUCCUCCAGCCGCACACAAGUUUGCCGGUAACGUGAGUGCUAGUUUUAUAGAAGAAACUAACAAAGAGUCACUUGCUGGGAAAUGGAAACAUGGAUAUAAAAGUAGCAGUCUUCUCCUUUGUCGUUUUGUUAGUUAUUUGGGGAAUUAAGGGGCUUAAAUAUGAAAUAGGGGGGGGGGAAGUGCACCAGUUGAAACACUGAACACAAACACUUAAAUUGUCUCCAUAAAACUAGUAAAGACAGAUAUAUGAUGCGAUUGUUAUUCUAGGGCGACCCUUGCGGUGAAAAUGUUAGAUUUUUAUGUCCGAAAGGGGAGGGUUUACCCUUUUGCGGAUAAAUACGGUAUGCCUUACACUCAGCCUGCAAACUCGACAACAAAGUUUUAGUUGCUUGUGCAUCUGCUAAAACCUUACUUGUAAGGAAAGAAUUCCGUGAUGUUUAUUUGAAUUUUUAAAGUUAUCCAAAUGAAAAGCUUCAAUCAUUGGACUGUUUUAAAAUAUAUUUGACUGUUUAUUCAAUAUCUUAACACCUGAGGGGUCAAACUGUUAAAAAAUUUCCCAUCAAGAUCACCCCUUUAAUUUUUUAUUGAAUUUAAACAUACAGUGAAACUAUGUUUUUCACAAUUCACAGUAAAAUAAUAAUUAGAUAUAUAUAAAUCAUAAUCACAGAUUAUUUUUGACAUAUAAAGAGCAUGUAUGCAAUAUGCUGUAAGCUGUAGAAAAGAAAUUGUAACCACUGAAUAUAUCUUUCCCACUUGCUUUAUCUAUAGGACUAUAGGGCAAUUGAAUUAUUCCAAAAAUUAUUCCAUUUAAAAUGUUGAUUUGAGAUUCAAUUUAUAUUCAAUGUUUUGAAUUCUUGUGGACCCUAGACUCACUUUGCACAUCAAUUUAUGAGAACCAAGUGGUUCACAACUGACAAUACUCUUGUAGAUCUGUAAAGCUGGAGUCACAAUGUACACAACAUGACAAAUCCUAUUAUAGUUUGUACAUCGUUCCAGCAUGAUAGAGUUAACAGCGUGGGGUCAAAAUACCAGGACAACAUCAACACGACAAACUCUGGAAUGGCUGUCGGCAAAUGCAGUAUAGAAUGAGCUAUAGGAAUUUUUUAUUUCCUGUUGAUACCUGAAGAGCAUAUCAUAUAACAUUUAGUAGUCUCUUGCACAAGUGGGAUUAAGUUUAUUUUAGAUUCAAGGAAGCUAACUAUAAAUAUGUUGAUAAGGCUCAGAAAAUUAUUCUGGUGUUAGCUAUGUUAAAAAUUAAAAAAAAAAAAAAAUGUAAUAAACAGUUGAAGGCACACUAGAAGUGUGAAAGUGUACGCACGUCAAACAAAAUUUUGUUUACAGCAUAAAGAUCUACCAGGUAGGUAAACAUGUUUUAGGUUUAGUUUUGUAAGGUUUCCAUUUUGCUUUCCCAAUGCUGCAAGACAAUGAAAUUAGAAAUAGAAUGUACUUCUUGCGGACUGUGGGAACACGUCUUUCAUCGUGUUAUCAAGGUGACUGUGACUUUAAUUGGCUACUGAGUGGGCCUGUUCUAUCAUGUCUAUCAUGGCAUUGUGAUUCCAGCAAUUUUGAAAUUAUUUCACUGUAUACCAUUUUGUUGUUUUGCAUUUGCCUAGCAGGCUAGUUUUAAGUUUUUUUACUGCUGUAUACUGUGAUGCUGACAUUUUGAAACAAGUAUAUUUUUUAACAUAAAUAUUGGUCAAAAAAUAUUAUUAAGCAUUUCAAAUUUUGUUUAAUGCUUGUAUUAGUAUUAGUAUGUGUACGUUAUCACAUGGAUAGUAUGUUAUCUCCUGCCAGAUAAAAUACAUUUAAUUGCAACCCAUUCCAACCAUAUCCAUACUUGCAGGCCAAAGGAUUUUAAACAUUGCAGGAACAAUGUUUAUUUUUUCUGUAUAUGAUAUACAUGUGGCUUAAAGAAGAUUCACAUUACAAAACUAUCGAUAGAUAGCUGAAGUGCCAAUAUUACCAUUAUGCUAGUGAGACAAUUGUAGAAAUAGUUUUAUAGCUAGACAAGAGUUUUUUUAUAGGUUCAAAUAUUAAGUAAACAAAAAAAAUUGUAAAUGUAGAAGAAAGUAUAUUUUUUUAGGUAUGUAGUGUGUUAAGUACUGUUGUAAAACAAAGCUCUAACCAAGAGUAAUGGCUUGUGAUGUAAAAAAGUGUAAGUGUAAUGUAAAUGUGUAUAUGUAUUUAUAAUUCUAACUUUGCUAUCCACCAUUUUACAUAGUUGCCGUUUUGUAAGUAGAAGAAAUGAAUACAAACAAGCCUAAGGGAUUAAUAACAGUAUAUAGUGAAACCUCGCUACUACGAGUACGGGAUACUACGAGAACUUCGAAGUCACAUCAGUUUUUUAAUGCACCAUUAGUUUGACUAAGCAUACCAUACUAAAUUAAAUUGGUAAUUACGAGUUCUUCUUUGUUGGCCCUUUCAUAAUUAUUAGUUCAUUUAAAUGACAUCUCCAAACAAGGAAAAACUAUGCUGGUUGAAAGAAAAAAAAAGUUCACGCAGUAAACUCAAAGACUACCAGUGAGAAAGAGCGUGCUUGCGCAGCUGUCGGCGGACUGGAUCACUAGCUACUGGCAGGUAGUGACCAGGGUAGGAAGGGAAGGAAGUGGGCAGGACUCCAAUGACAAACAAGCUAUCUCUCUCUCUCCAUAUCUCUCCCCCUCCGCUUCACGUGUUUUAGCGCUCUGGCUUCACGGCUGUCUGUUGUCUGGCUUUCGGUACAAGGGGAAAUCCAAAAAUUAUAUGUGUGAGCGAGCGUGACCUAUCCCCCUCCAUUUCUAUGUCCGUGAACUGGCAACACAAGCAAUCUUCGGGUCUAUCUCGACAGGUUUUUGCGACGCAUUAAGCGUGUAUUCCAAAUACUACCCGUUUGAACUGUGCCCCAACAAAAUUAUUUUUGCGUGCAUAUUCCGACGCUAAUAAUGGCAACAUUUCACGUAUAACACUGCGACCAAUUUUCUACAAUUUGCCCAUGUAUUGAAGCAAUCCAUCUUUGAAUUGUGGAAACUUUCUGGUCAUAUCACGAUAGCGUCAGAGCGUACCCUCCAAAUAUUUUUGUCUUGUAGUGUUACGAGGAUGGCUAAAGGGGAGAGGAAGGAGUAUGCAAGUGCCGCCCCUUUCUACUGUAGUAAUAAAGGGGACACACGGGUAUGCGUUACACAAAGACUUCUUUUCUAUUAAUAGAAUACUACUGGAGCGUGAACCUUACUGUGAAAAUGUUAACAAAUCAGAUCAUUAUUUACAAAAUAUGUGUGUCAAAUUUACGUGUGCAUGUGCGUAUGGGUUAAAGACAAAUAAAAACAACUGAGGAGUAACUUAUGUGGUAUGCGACAUCAGCCACUAUGAACUCUGGUAUUUCCUUGCACUGCGACAGUGACAGUGGUUAUCUUCGCUGCGUCUUUAAUUUGUGAUUGAAACAAAAACCGUUGCAGAUACAAAAAAAUUCCAAUAGACCUUUUCUAUUCAUAAUUUAAUUUGCUACAUCUUUAAUUAUAAUUUCUUUUUUUUCACUACAGUGCACCGUUUUCAAGAUGUGGUGUGAAAUUAAUACAUUUUCGGAAGAGUCAAGAAUCUAACUCAGCUAUUACGAGUUCUCGUAGUUACGAGGAUUUUUCUCGCCAUUGUCAACCUACUGCCUAGGCCCUAGUAUUAUACUGCUUUCGUGACCAAAUUACGAUUCUGUUAAAAUUACUGUCAAACUUGAAAUUAUACUGAAUUCGUGAGCAAACCAUGACACCAUCCAAAAUACUGCCACACUUGGUUUCCACGGCAGCUAAAAUCAAAAAAAUGAAGGUAACUGGGCUGUAAAUUACUAUUAUAUUUUUAUAACGCCAUCUCAUCAAAUAGGCAAACUACUUCUUUUAAGAAAAUUUGGCAGUUUGGACCAAAUUCUUUUUCUUAAGGGGCCUAGAACUCUGGAUGAACCCACCUCACUACAGCGACGCAUGCAGGCGACAGACCGCUCGUGGUCCAAGGCCAGGUGCUCCCGGUAGCAGUUAGGCCUCACUGACCAUUCCAUCGCCCCGCACACCUUCCCAAGGCACGCACAUUGUCUUCUGCUGCCGCACGCCAGUUGACUCGGGCGCCCACCGCUGUGGUUUCCUGAAUCACAUGCAGCCCCGCAAAAAGCAUACGGUUGUUGCUGAAGAUACACUUGCUGAACAUACUCCUCUUCUCAAAAUAGUCUCUCAAAAUCACACCUAAUUUGCAUUUACAAACCAGCUGUUUCGUAAGAAAAUGGACUAAAACUGCAGUAAUAGUUUGACCGAAUAAAACUGGCCAAAAAUAAAUAUAAACAAAAUAACUUAUAAGUAACUAUUAGGACCAAAAAAUAAUGAGGCGUAGUGUGCCUCAACACAGUUAUGAGACGUAUGUGCUUUAGGAUGAUUGUGUUUUUCACUAGAAAUUUUUAUUGGUCAUUGUAUGAAUGUUUGAACAUAGAUUGAAUUAUCAGCAAAGUAUACAUGGACAGAGAAUAAUCGGGCAACGAUGUUUACAUCUUGUGACAUAGCUUCAUGUUGUGCUUUACAUCAUAGUAAUUUCAUCACUGUAGACAAACUGUAUUUUCAAGACUCAAUUAACUUAAUAUUCAGAACAUAUCACUAGAAACUAUAAUACAGUACUUAGCCGUACUGGUGAACUUAUAGGUACUGAGCAUUUAAUUAGGAUUUUUAUUUAGUUCACAAGCCGUAUAAAGCUAAAUUGGAUCACAUAAACUUAGUAUAGGUUCACAAAAUUGUAAUUUUGUAUAGUAGCAGUUUCUGGAAAAUAAGGCUAAUUUAAUAACUUCAGUGAAAAAAUGAUUUGUAAAGUCAGAUACUUUAACAAUAUGUACUAGUAUGUAAGAAAUACUUUAUACUUAAUGUAGCUAACCUAAGCAACAUUUCAUUUUAGUUAUUAUUAGUCUUAUUUCCCAGGAGCCAAUUAUUUGUGUACAUAUUUAUCCUAAAACAUUGUGAUGUGACAUACAAUAUAAUUGAAAGAGGUUUUUUUGGAUGUAUUUGCAUACUGAUGUGAACUCGUUAAUUAUAACUACAUACGAGAAUCCACAUAGUAAUGUGCGGUUGUUGAUCAGUUGAAUAGUGUUUUGCCAUAGUAACUAGACCACAAGGCUUCCAAAAGUUAACAAAAUCGAAGCAUCAGUAACACCAACUACUGUAAAUUAUAUGAGGUUAUAGCAUCACAGUUAAGAUGCCCUAUGUAAGGCGCUACUUUUAUGAUGAUAAGUGUAAUUAAUCGCUUUCUUAGCUCCCUGUCAUAAGAAUAAGGCAUUGUAGUUAUGAUGUCUUAGACUAAAAUAUCUGUAAUCAACCUGCUGGUUUAAGAGUUUUAUAGUUUUAAUGUUUAUUUUAGAUUGGGUAAAUAUACUGUAUUUACUAGCAUAUAGGUCACGGAAAUUUUACCAGAUUUGAUGGGGGGAAAAUGAAGUGCGACCUAUAUGUGAAGAAAAAUUUUUGAGGAAUUUUUUUUGCAAUAUUUUGUUUUAAAUGCGAAAAAGAAGUUUAGUAUAUAGGUAUAGGCAAAUUUAUUUACAAUGUACACGUAGUUAAUUAACCAAGCAAAUUUUCAUAACAAGAAAUCAAACACACAAAAAAAUUGGUAAACGAAGGGUGAUGUUGCACCUGGAUGGCAAACAAGUAGAAAAAGGGAAGGGGAGAAGCAAUGGUUUCCCCAGCCACUAUCUUAUCUGUGUCGCGAACUUCCUCACGCGUCAGACCAAUCGCACGUUUAAAACAAAAACCGCUGUAUAUAUAAAAAAUCAUGACAUUUUAAGAAGUCAGGAAUCUAACUUGUCUUCAAUUUUCUAUAUUCGGUUAUUACAAGUACUUUGUUACAAUUUAUUACGCCAUUAUCAGCUCUCGUAGUAGCGGAGUUUUACAGUACCCAUUAACUCUUUCGUGCACGGCGCGCCGGCCGUUCGCGUCAUUAAAUUACCGGUGCGACCUAUAUGGGGGGAAUCUUAAAUACCAAAUUCAAGACCUCAACUUAUGGGUGUGACCUAUAUGCGAGUAAAUACGGCAGUUGUAAUAUGUGAGAACACUAUUGUUUAAGAGUGUAAAUUUAUAUAUAUAUUUUUCUAUAAUCGUUCAAAGAACUAUAUAUUUAACAAUUGUAUGGAUACAUAGGACAAUUUUCCAUAAUAUUGGCUAACUUCACAUUUGUAUCUGACUUACCUAUAUACCAUUUUUGAGAUGUCUUGUUCACUUAUGUUGAUGCAAUGUUGAGAAAUUUAUCUAUAAAUAAAUACAUUUCUAAGUUC